UGCAUCUUUCCUCCCCCUCGCCCAACCCAAUCUACCCUCUGUCAGACCCUCCAUAGUCUCAGUAACAAUAUCCGGCUCCGAUGAAGGACCGCCGUGGCUUCCCCUCCUCCACCACCACACAAGACUCAGACAGAGUCCUCCAAGAGGAAGGAAACAGCGGCGAGGAGAAGGCGAAAGAGAGGAUCGUCUCGGCGGGGGUCCAGCGGCUGCUCAAGGGGAUCAAGACCUUCUUCGCGGCGUACGACGGCGGAGAAGAAGAUGAAGAGGAGCGGGAGAUCGUGAUCGGGUACCCCACCGACGUGCAGCACGUCGGGCACAUCGGCUGGGACGGGCUCAGCAAGAUGGGCGGCAUGGCCGGCGCCUUCUCCCUGCCAUCCUCCCUUCCUCUCCGCCAGCUUGAGACCGCCAUGGACCCCGGCGCCGUAACCACCAUCUGCACCAACUGAUCCAUAAUUCUCCAUUGUGCCAAACGUCAUACUCCACCUCGAACUCGACCUACCGCUGUUACUCCCAGUAAAAUAAAAAUAAAAAUAGACGAGUGAAUGGUACAGCUGCUAGGAAGUCGUCUCACCCGGAUUGCAAGUUCUUGGGCAGACAUAUAGCAUCCCUGAAGAACUCGGAUCACUGAAUCCGAUCAUGGUGAUCAGGACUGGCUCAGUUCGAUGAUUGUAGUUAACUUGACAUUUCCUUGUGUA